AUGAUUCCAGGGAUAUGUGAAGUUUUUCCAGUCAGCCUUCUUCAGGUCGAAGCGCCGCCUGAAGGUAGUGAUGCCCGCGCUUUCUUUCUUUCUUUCUUUCUUUCUUUCUUUCUUUCUUUCUUUCUUUCUUCUUUUUGUUGCUCCCCUCAAUAUAUCGCCGGUUGUCUUUAUACAUCUAUAUUUUUGGUUCCGGGACGAGGAUCUAUCUAUCUAUCUAUCUAUCUAUCUAUCUAUCUAUCUCCGUCUGUUAUUGUUAUGGCCACAACAUCUAUCUAUCUAUCUAUCUAUCUAUCUAUCUAUUGGUUAUCUAUCUAUCUAUCUAUCUAUCUAUCUAUCUAUCUAUCUAUCUAUCUCCGUCUGUUUUUUUAUCUAUCUAUCUAUCUAUCUAUCUAUCACCGUCUUUUUUUAUCUAUCUAUCUAUCUAUCUAUCUAUCUAUCUAUCUAUCUAUCUAUCUCCGUCUGUUUUUUAUCUAUCUAUCUAUCUAUCUAUCUAUCUAUCUAUCUAUCUCCGUCUGUUUUUUUUAUCUAUCUAUCUAUCUAUCUAUCUAUCUAUCUAUCUAUCUAUCUAUCUAUCACCGUCUUUUUUUUUAUCUAUCUAUCUAUCUAUCUAUCUAUCUAUCUAUCUCCGUCUGUUUUUUUUAUCUAUCUAUCUAUCUAUCUAUCUAUCUAUCUAUCUAUCUAUCUCCGUCUGUUUUUUUAUCUAUCUAUCUAUCUAUCUAUCUAUCUAUCUAUCUAUCUAUCUAUCGUCUUUUUUUUUUAUCUAUCUAUCUAUAUCAAACGCACAGAGACGACAACAGCAUUUCUCUGUUGAUCUGUUUGUUUGAUCUCUUCUGUUCCAAACCAGACGCAAGCCACCAAUCUGCCACUGGGUGGCAUGCCAUUAACAUCUAUCUAUCUAUCUAUCUAUCUAUCUAUCUAUCUAUCUAUCUAUCAAGACGCUACUGGCCCCCUGGCGGACCACGUCUUACGUGUGAUGGGUAUCUAGACCUUCAUAGUUAA